UCUAGAUUCAAUGCACAAAAAAAGAAUUUCCCAGCUUUCAUUGUUGAGCAUUGCUUUGGGUAUGUAAGACGCACGGUGCAGUGAGGCUACGUCGUAGUGACAAAAUAAGUAGAGGCCUAUCCCAAGCUUACCACCAUAGGCUAGUCAUUCUUCAAGAUACCAUUGUUUCAAUUCCUCCAUUCGUUUGUAGAUUUUCAUAAUGGGCUUCGCAAACCUUCUUGCGCGAAUCGCCGCGUCCAUCGGCAUAGUCGCUGCUACUGGUGCUGCCGCAGCGCAAACUACCGUCAACAGCACCGUCCUCAUCCUCGCUCGUGAUAGCUUCGAUGUUGCCAGCAUCAGUCCCGCUCUCGACGCAUACGCAAUUCCCUGGCAGCCGUAUCUUAUCCCACAGGCUGGUGCACCAUUGCCUACCCUCAACUCCUCCCUCACACAGGCCAACUACGGCUCAAUCAUUCUCAUUGGCAGUAUCUCCUACGACUACAACGGCACUUACAACAGCGCCUUGACCACUGCCCAAUGGAACCAGCUCUACGCAUACCAGACUACAUUCAAAGUCCGCAUGGUCCGCAUUAACGAGUAUCCUGGACCCAAUUUUGGCACCACCGUCGCCAAUGUCAACUCGCCUGGAUGCUGCGACACGGGCGUCACCGCAACCAUCAGCCUAACCAACACUGCUAUUAUUCCUGCGGCCAAUCUGAAGGGUAACGCGCCAGUCCAACUCGUCGGCCUAUACCACUACCCAGCUACCAUCACCGACAACUCCACAACUGCUUUUGCUACCUUUGCUCCGGCUGGUCCUAAUUCCGGAACUACCGUCGCUGCUGUCAUCAACAACUACAGUGGCCGUGAGCAAAUGGUCUGGCAUACAUCGUUUGCAUGUGACUGGUCCCUCGCUUCGAGCUACUUGGCUCACUCCUUUGUCCACUGGAUGACCCGCAGUGUCUUCAUCGGCAAACGCAAGCUUCAUCUUAACCCUCAGGUAGAUGACUUGCAGAUUAGUACUACUCUCUACUACCCCAACACCACCGACUUCAAGAUCAACACCAACGACUUGAACGGCCAUGUAACUUGGCAAAAGAGCCUGAACAGCCGGCUUCCCGCAGGAUCUUCGUUCAGACUUGAAUUCGGCCACAACGGCAACGGCAAUCUUGAAAGUGCUACUGAUCUCGCCUCCUCGACUAAAGUCUGCGCACCUGACAACGCUGUUGAGUACGCUGACCAGAUUGACACGCCUCUCGAAUUCAUGAAGCCUUUGGGUACUGGAGUGGAUAUUUGGCCGUCUUCAUUCACCAACUACACAUGGUCUUCCUCAUGCUCCAAGUUGGAUGCUUUUGGAGCUUGGUUUGAAAACCCCACUAACCUCAACGCCUUUGCACAUAUCUCGCAUACAUUCACACACGAAGAACUCAACAACUCUACCUACCACGAUGCUGCUCGUGAGAUUCAGUUCAACCAGGCUUGGAUGAAGCAGAUUGGCAUCGACAAAGCUACUCUUUUUACUGGAAAUGGCAUCAUCCCCCCCGCCAUUACCGGCUUGCACAACGGUGAUGUUAUUCAGGCGUGGCUGGACAACGGUAUUGACUAUGUUGUUGGCGACAAUACACGCCCAGUCUUGCGUAACCCUAACAAUGUUCACUGGCCACUCGCUAGUACUGUUGCUGUUAACGGCAAGGCUGGUCUCUGGAUUAUCCCUCGCUUCUCUACCACCAUUUACUUCAACUGUGAGCAGACCCAAUGCUUGUUGAAGGAAUGGUAUGUGCUCACUCAGCGCACCAGCGGUACAUUCCAGGACUUGCUCAAUGAUGCCCGGUCUACCAACGUCCAGUACCUCCUCAACCUCAUGGCCGAUCCAUACAUGUUCCAUCAGGCCAACUUGCGCCAGGCUGAUAUGCCAACCAUCACCGUCGGCAACCAGACCGGCAAGAUGUCCCUGAUCAUGAGCUGGAUUGAAACCAUUACCCAAGAACUUGUCCGCCUCACUAACUGGCCUAUUAUCUCGCUCAACCACAAGCAAUUUGCUCAGUAUUUCAUGGACCGCUACACGGUAGAUCAGUGCCAGCCUAGCGCCUCAUACACAUACUCUGCGGACGGCAGCACUAUCACGGCAGUCACCAUUUCUGCCAAUGGCAACACCUGCUCUGCACCCAUCCCCGUGACGGUGCCCAGCGGAACUGCCAGCGGCGGCUCUAUCACUGUUGACCAGGUCGGAAGCGAGCCUCCCAUUCUCUGGGUCAAACUGUCUGGAAGCCCCGUUACCCUGCAGCUCAGCAAGCCUGUCACCCUCGCUUGAAUCACGGCCCAGCGUGGCUGUUGUAAAAAGUUUAGCAAUGAAGCGAAACUUGAGUGAUUUAAAUUAGUAUUGGGAAUUUCGAUGUAGGAUUUUGGAAUCUGGAAAUAUGGGUUGCGCUGCGUUGUUUUUUCUGAUCCUGGCCCUCACAUAAUUCACAGAGACUUCCCGACUAAUGAGGUUUGGGCUGGCAUCAAGGUUUUCAUUUUAUAGCGAGUCAACUAUGCAAGCAUCUAAAUUAAACAUCGCUUCGUAUUAAAAAAAAAAACAACAACAAAUUUUUGUUUUUUAUUUUGUAUUACUGGUUUUCUCUGUUGGCUGGCUUGCUUGCGCCAGCGCCGUCAUGCCUAUAGCGCAUCCACAGUCAAGUCAAGGAAGGCUCCUUGGUCGCUGAAGCAAGCAAUUCAAUUUGCGGAGGGUUUGCUUUAAAUAUGGAACACUACGGCAUGGAAAUAUACUAAUUCCGGU